CUUUCUCGGGCAGCCGCCCCGCCCGCCGCCAGCCCAGAGGCAGCGCACCGGAGCAGAGGCUUCUGCGAGAGCCCGGCGUGCUCCGAGCUCCGUGGGACCUGGACCGGCCCUGUGUCGCAGGGACGUCUUGGAUCCUCUGGCUUUGGAGGAUCCGCCGAGUGGGAGCCGCACGAGGCAGUGGCCACAAGUGAAGAGCCUGAUGUGCACAGCAGGUGUGAAAGCCAGGCUGGCAGCAGCUUGGGAGAUGAGGGUCUGUAUCCGGGGCCUGCGGCCACGGAUGUGCAGGUGGGUUUGAACCCUGCUGCACUGUGGCCACGGACUCACAGUCCCGAGAACAUGACAACAGCUCAGAAUGGCCAUGGGCGACUUGCUGCAAUCCCGUGUUCUGUCUCUGAUCCCAAAGACCCCAAAAUGGUGACCUACCCGGCGUGUCAGAAUGGAGGAUGCAGCAGUGGCUACUGCGGGGAGGCGGAAGCCCAGGAGGCCAGACUCAGCCCUGCUAAGCUCAUGCGCCUCUUCUCCGUGAGCAGGAAGAGGACCGGCACCAACCCGGAGAGGCCCCGCUCCAUGGUCUUGAUGGGAAAUUCCUCUACCUGGAAUGCCCUUGCCUCCUUUCGGAAAAUGGGAUCUUUCAAAAAACUGAAGUCCUCCGUCCUUCAAGGAAUUCAGAACCGAGAGGGGUCAGAUGUGGCAAAGGAAGACCCUCCAGAACGUGACCCAGGGAAACCCAUCCCAAACGGUGCUGCAAUCGGAAUGCAAACCAGCAGGUGCCCCAACUCGGGACCAGCAAGUGACGCCCCGAAGGCAGGGCCAGGGGGCGUGUCGGACUGCUCCGACCCGGAGGAGGCGGACGAUGCCUUCCAGAGGAGCACCCAUCGGUCCCGAAGCAUCCGCCGUGCCUAUGGCCUGGGCCGCAUCAGCCUCCUAGAUGGUGACAAGCAUCCAGGGUCCCAGAACCACGUCCGGCCGCUGGCCCCUGGCCCCCAGGAGCCCACCGUGUGUGAGAUCCUCGUGAAAGACUCCGAGAACAACAGCAUCAUCUACAGGAAAAGCAAGAGCACGGAUAACUUGAACUUUCUGAAGAAGAGCUCCUUCAAGCGGAAGUCCACCUCAAACCUCAUGGACCUCAAGGGGACGCAGGAAAAGCCAGCGCCCCGACGGACGCUAAGCAGUUCAUCGGCCGACUCGGAGAAGUUCGGUGGCUCCGAGAGGAGGACGAAGCGCUGGAAGAGCCCACUGCGGGCCAAGGACUUUGACCGCGUCCUGAGGUUUGUGAGCAGCGCCACGGACGCAGCCUGGAGGAAAGAGAGCCCCAGGAGCGGGGCGCCCUCGCCGGGCGAGGCGAGCCAGAGGCUGCAGGUGCACAGCCGGCUGCACGACGCUUACUCCCGCCGCGUGUCCAUCAGCGCGGAGCGUGAGUGGAGGAGGUGCGCAGGCGUGCCCGCCAGCUCCAGCUGCGGCUCGCCCGGGGCCCCAAGCCCCCGGGUGGACGUGGACACCGCCGUCUUUCCUCUGGAAGCCCCAGGCUCCUGGGCGGCAGAGAGUGCCCGUCCUUGCGCCGCCAGAGCCUCGUCGAGUCCGGUUGCCCAGGACUCCGACGAACGCCAAGCUGGUGGCCAGUGUACGUUCGAACCCGAGCAGCCGCUCAUCCCUCCAAGGCCUACCACGCCCAAGCCCCCUAGCCCCCACAGCCCAGGCGCGGGAAGUGCCGCGUGUCCCAACAGCCUCAGCGCGCUGUCCCUCAGUUCAGUGGACAGUGAAGAAAGGGCAGAGGGGCCUGUGACCUCCCGGGAUUCUGUGCAAGCCGCAUGUGACAAAGGCCGUGAGGACAGCGCCGGCAGCCACCCUCAGCUGAGCCCCCACCUGGCGUCGGGUGCAGAAGAAAGGAGGGAGGAGGUUGUGACAGAGGAAUCCUGGAGGCGGGACUCAUCUCGGGAUGAAGAAAGGACGGAGUCUCAGAGGAUCACCAGGAGGAAAUGGGGUUCUGGGAGAAGAGCAAGGCCCCGACCUCUCUCCGACUAUGGCCAGCUGGCCAACCGGAGUCUGUCUAUUCCUGAAGACUCAAUUGCUGUAGACCCCCAGAAAGAAGACUCUAUGGAGGGAGACCACCUGCCCAACACGGCCUCCACGAACACUACAGACCAGAGCGACACUGCAGACCGGAGCGCUGCUGUGGGCUGCCCCAAAGGAAGCUGGAGAAGACGCCCCAUAUCUGUGAUAGGCGGCGUCAGCUUCUAUGGGAACCGCCCGACAGAGGAAAUUGAGAGUCUUCUGACCCAACCAGCAGCCAGGCCUCCUGUGCCAGCCCACCGGGUGCUGCCCUACAAGGCGGUUUCGGCCCGCCUCCGGCCCUUCACCUUCUCCCAGAGCACCCCCAUUGGGCUGGACCGCGUGGGACGCCGGCGGCAGAAGCGAGCUUCCAAUGUCUCUUCAGAUGGAGGUACUGAGUCCACAGCCUUAGUGGAUGACAACGGCAGUGAGGAGGACUAUAGCUAUGAAGACCUGUGUCAGGCCAACCCCAGAUACCUACAGCCAGGCGGGGAGCAGCUGGCCAUCAACGAGCUGAUCAGCGAUGGCAGUGUGGUCUGUGCAGAAGCCUUAUGGGACCACGUGACCAUGGAUGACCAGGAACUAGGCUUCAAGGCAGGAGAUGUCAUCCAGGUCCUGGAAGCCUCUAACAAGGACUGGUGGUGGGGCCGGAAUGAGGACAAGGAGGCCUGGUUCCCCGCAAGCUUUGUCAGAUUGCGUGUCAAUCAGGAGGAGCUGUCGGAGAAUUCCAGCAGCACCCAGGGCGAGGAACAGGAGGAAGAUGCCGGCAAGAACCGCCACAAACACUUGGAGAACAAGCACCAGAUGAGGACCAAUGUCAUCCAGGAGAUCAUGAACACUGAGCGCGUGUACAUCAAGCACCUCAAGGACAUCUGUGAGGGCUAUAUUCGACAGUGUCGCAAGCACACGGGAAUGUUCACUGUUGCACAACUAGCCACCAUUUUUGGAAACAUUGAAGAUAUUUACAAAUUCCAAAGAAAGUUCCUGAAAGACCUUGAGAAACAGUACAAUAAAGAGGAACCUCAUUUAAGUGAAAUAGGAUCCUGCUUUCUUCAACAUCAAGAGGGCUUCGCCAUCUAUUCCGAGUACUGUAACAACCACCCUGGCGCCUGCGCAGAACUGUCCAACCUGAUGAAGCAGGGCAGGUACCGACACUUCUUCGAAGCGUGCCGCCUACUCCAGCAGAUGAUCGACAUCGCCAUCGACGGCUUCCUCCUCACGCCAGUGCAGAAGAUAUGCAAGUACCCUCUGCAGCUGGCCGAGCUGCUCAAGUACACCACGCCGGAGCACAGUGAUUACAACAACAUAAAGGCAGCCUACGAAGCCAUGAAGAACGUGGCCUGUCUGAUCAAUGAGCGCAAGCGCAGGCUGGAAAGCAUAGACAAGAUAGCGCGGUGGCAGGUGUCCAUCGUAGGCUGGGAGGGGCUGGAUAUCCUAGACCGCAGCUCCGAGCUGAUCCAUUCUGGGGAGCUGACCAAGGUCACCAGGCAUGGCAAGAGCCAGCAGCGGACGUUCUUCCUGUUUGACCACCAGCUGGUGUCCUGCAAGAAGGACCUGCUGCGCAGGGACGUGCUCUACUACAGAGGCCGCACGGACAUGGAUGACGUGGAGCUCGUGGACCUGGAGGACGGCCGGGACAAGGACUGGAACCUCAGCGUGAAGAACGCCUUCAAGCUCGUCAGCAAAACCACGGAUGAGGUUCAUCUGUUCUGUGCCAGAAAGCAAGAGGACAAGGUGCGGUGGCUGCAGGCCUGCGAGGACGAGAGGCGGCGCGUGCGGGAGGACCGCGAGAUGGGAAUGGAAAUUUCAGAAAAUCAAAAGAAACUCGCCAUGUUAAAUGCUCAAAAGGCGGGACAUGGAAAGUCAAAAGGCUACAGCGGAUGCCCCGUGGCCCCGCCGCACCAGAACCUGCACCCCCUUCACCAGCGCCACGUCACCGUGCCCACCAGCGUCCCUCAGCAGCAGGUGUUUGCCCUGGCAGAGCCCAAGAGGAAGCCAUCGCUCUUCUGGCACACGUUCAACAAACUCACCCCUUUCAAGAAAUGAAAACCGGAGGCCACACGUUGGCUGAGGUGUCUGUAAAGAGGAGAACCAUUUCUGUUUCUCUGUGCUCAACCCAGUGCUGAGAAUUUCUUUCGGGGACCAGUGAAGAAUAGAAGUCUUGGACGUGACCGAGGUGCCUCUGAAGACCCAGCUCCUCCUUGGAAGGGAGAUGGAGGUCAUGGUGCACGGCCUUGAUGUCCAUGAGAUCGCUCUGGGCCCUGUGCCAAGAUGGCUGGGCCUCAGGAACCAGUGACCUGCUCUGCGGUGAUGCUGAGCAGUGACCCCAGUGGGCAUCACUGAUGAUGGGCACACGCCCUGUUGCCGUUCCUGAGGAGGGACUCGAUGACAAUGCCACUUUGGCAUGUGGAUUCGAAGGGGACAGUCGUGAUGGGGUUGGUACAGUAACAUCUCACCAGCACGGACAAGCUAUUCCUGUCUUCACAGUGUUAGGCGACUUAGCACCUCAGUGCAGAUGGCUGUGGUGUCCCCUGGUGUCCUCUGAAUUGUUACCAAGUGGUAGUGCCAGCUUCCCCUGGCAAGAUGCGUCCCCUACAGGCUAGAGGGAGAAGCGUGUUGAAUCCCUUCUGGGGAACAUGGUCCGGGGGACUUCAGCAUCCUGAAGAUGCAGCUGCUUUCCAGGGAGAAAGCGUGAAAUCCUGCCACAGGGUAGACUGUCCUCAAGGCAGGUCCCUUCCUGCCGGUGUGUACAGCAUGUGACUCCAUGGGCAGAAAUCACACCUGUGUGCACGUUGUGACCUAAGGAAUUAAUCAGACCUAUCUAUUUGCAGUAUAGAAACCCAUUUACUUUAAUUAUCUGAUACAAACGAAACAUGCACAUGCACCUGUGGAAGGACAUCUCAGAGCAUCAGUGCACUUUCCCACCAGUAGUUUCUGGAGUCCCCACCAGAAUAAGUAAUUAAGUUACAGUGACCCGAACAUUCCACCAAGAAAACAUGUGGUUCAGAGUAGCCCACCUUCCUCAGGAUUCGAAGCUGACUUUGUUGCAUAAGCCCCAAACAGUAGUGCUAACCCCGCCCUUAUUAAUCUGUCAGGAGGGUUCUGAAGAUUCAUUCUUUAUUAAGAGACCUUAACAACAAUACAUCUAGACUCAGACAUAGCGGUCUGUUCUAACGAAGGCCACAUGGGCUGAUAUCUGGCGAUAGUAAUCUCCUCGUUGUCUAUAUUGUAAGUGUUGAUGAAAAUAACUUUUAAAUAUGUCUGGAGACGACAAGUUCUGCAAGGGAGAGGCCUUUUAAAUGUACUUAGUGCACUGUGGAUAUUGUCAUAUCCACACUUUGGUUUUCUAUGUGAGAAUCCCCUUUUUGUACACUACUCAGAGUCCUGUUUUCCAGUAGGCCUGUGCUGGAGAAUAAACAAACCUGUAACAUCCUAGACGAAGGUAGAAACUGUACCUCCAAGUGUCUGGUCCCUCCUCCCUCCACCCCCACCAUCCCCCCUACCCAGGGUCGGUCCCGAAGGAGGUGACAUCCCACAUCAAGAAGACCUAAUUCUGGACAUCUGGGUGGGCCUUAGAGAAUUACCUGGAAAUGUUGUCAGGUCUGCCCCCAUGAUGUGCUCACUUGGACAUAGGACGGCUACAAGGUGGUGCUGCCCUGGCCUCCCUGAUACCCAGUGUCCCAGGAUAGAGGCUGCUUCUGUGAGGAAGCUUCCAGGAGGUGCUGUGGCUCCGAGUGUAAGAGCGCGCACAUGCGUGCGCGUGUGUGUAUACAUGCACUUGUUUCUUUUGUGGAUAGACCUCUUGAUUUUAGUUGCAUUUAUAUAACUGACCUAAAAUUUUUACCAAGAACAUAUAAUGACCUAUUUUGAAAAUUACACUUAAAAUGCUUUUUGUGGACCCCUCAGCAGUAACUAGGAGUCUCUGUGCUAAACAGAGUUGUUUGUAUAUGCAACAAUUUUGAAUAUUUUUUUAAUACAAGAAAAUUAGGGAAGAAAAGAGAACCAUUUGCUUAUGUUCCAUUUUCAGUGAGGAGUCAAUUCAAGUAAAGAACCACUUAAUGGGCUUCCAUUUACUAAUGUUUCCAAAGGUGCAAUGAAGUGAUUUAAGUUCUGUGACCAGUCCCACUGUAUUUCCUAUCAGAGCCCUGACUUCUGGUUGCCACCUGUCCCUCCAGGGACUCUCCAGAAAUAGCAGGAAGCUUGGGCACCAGCGCCUGGACAAUGCCCAGCACCGCCCCGUGAGCUCCAUGCAGGAUGGGGGGGUGGGGUCAUUUGAUCCCAACCCACCCUAAGUAGGUUCUGCUUGGCCUUCUCUGGUGAUUUUGAAAAGUGAGAAAAUUUUUUAAGAAGGUAGAAUGCCUUUUACUUCUUUUAAAUCUGUUUGUCUAGUUUGAGUUUUAUUACCAGAUGCAUGAGUUUGAUAAAGAAUAGAUGGCUCAGUAUUCUAAUUUUAGGUUUUUCCACUUUCCUUCUUGAUGUAAGUCCUGUGCUCCACUUGAAAAGAACACAAGAGAAAUAAACCAAGAGCCCCCAAAUGGAUUUUGUAUGGAUUUCUUGGGAAUCUUGGUUUCUCCCUUUUUCCUCAUUUUAACCUCAUAUUGCAUAAUAUGGAUGCCCCCACCACACACACACACGCACUCUCUCUCACACACACACACAAAGAUAGCAAAACACUUUGACAAAUCUCAAUUUAUUAUUUAUGUUUCAGAACCUGUUGGAAGACAGUUGAAAUGGCCUUGGCCUUGGGUCAAAAAACAACCUUCUCGAUUUCCGUCGUACCUAAAGUGCACAACCACCUUGCAAUAAAUC